AGCAGAUUGGACGCCGGAAACAAGAAGAAGGAUGACGACAGUGGCAAAAAGUCUGGUAGCGGCAAGGGUUCCAGCUCCAACGGUGGCGAUGACAAGAAGGGCGGCGAUGGAAACGGCGACAGCAAGUCCGUUGGUGGCGAUUUGAAGCGUGAUGGCAAGGAGCGCAACAGGGACCGCAGCCGUCGCAACGAUGACCGGGGCAAGUCGUUGGCAAGCCAGGAUAGAUCGCGCCACGAUCGCGAGCGAUCCGCCAAGGGUAGUCAGGAUCAUCGUUCGGGGCGCAAUCCACGCGACGUCGACCGUGAGAUUCAGCAGCGCCAGAGGGAGCGCGAGCGUCGUCAACGGGAGAUGCUAUCCUACCAGAAGAUACGUGAGGAGCGCGAGCGCCAGCGCCUUCGGGAAAGGGAGCGUGAGCUGCGUGAGGAGGAACGUCGCCGUCGGGAGGCCCGUGAGCGCCAGCGAAUCGAAGAGGAGCGUCUGCAGGAAGAGCGCCGCAAGCUCGCCGUGGAGCGGGAACGGCUCGAGCGGGAGAAGGCCGAGCUUUUGCGGAUGGAGCGCGAGCGCCAGAAGCUGGAGAGAGAAAAAAUCGAGCUGGAACGCCUCGAGCUGAAGCGACAACAGAUGAAGAUCAUGGAAUCCCGCGAUGAUCCUGGCAAGCGCGGGGUAAGCAAGCGCUCCGACGACCGCUAUGGAGAGGUUACUGAUCGUAAGCGCACAGCUAUUUUUGAUGCGCCACCACCACCGAGGUUCGACACGAAUCUAGUCAGCUCCCGCAGCACCUAUGACAAAAAACACGAUGACUACGGAUCCUCGUCGACGACCAAGCGCGUGCUGGAUGACUAUUCUAGUUCCAGCAAGCGUUUGGAUUACUCCAGCAAGCGUAACGACUACAGCAGUUCUUCCGGAUCCAAGCGUGGCGCUGUCGAUGAUUACACUGCCGUGCCUACGAAGCGCUCCAACGAUUAUAGUGCCUCCUCUUCUAGCAAGCGCGACGACUAUAAGCGCGAUGAAGUGCGUCAUUUGCCACUUUCAGGAACUGUCGGCGGCGGCUCAAGCAGCUCGUAUCUACACAAGAACAACACAGGCGGUGGCGGAACCGGAUCCUACGUCCACAAGAACAACACCAGCAGCACUGGCGGGCGCUACAACGAUUCUGAUCGCAGCAACACAUCGAGCUAUAGACGCGACGACUCCCACAGCCUCGGUAACAAGCGUUAUGACAACUCCAGCGGCGGCGGGGGAGCCUACGGCAGCAGCUCGAACAGCGUUAACAUCUGGGCCCCAUCAUCCGGUGGAAGCAGCUCUCACUUGGGCAGCGGUGGCGGCGGCGGCGGCAACCAAAUUAAGUCAUACGGCAACAACGGCUUGUCCUCGAGUAUGCACAGCACCAAUUCGUGGCAAAAGUCUGCUCCCGUUGACGACAACGGUUGGCGGCAAGUGCCCGCGCGCUUCGAUCGCGGUUACAACGAACGUUCAUCCGGCUAUCAAGGGCAGAGUGGGGGCGGAGGAGCAGGCGGAAUGUACGGUGCGAGCCGACCCGCCCAGGAUCGCUACAGCGGACCAGUGUCGCGCUACAAGGGAACGUGCAUUUACAUAAAAUGAGGCAAUUCGAAUUUCGAAACAUGCAUCCCCACAUCCAACACACCCCCCCGAAUGACUUUUCCAGCAGCGCCCAGGAGCGCUGCUCUUAAUAUAGUGCACUUUAGUUAGUUGUAGUUCUAAAACAUAAAUUACAUUUUUAAACAAAUAGAUGUAUUAACUACGUUGGAAA